AAAAAUAGCAGACAGCCUAUUGGCUGCUCGCUAGCAGCUAGUUUAAUGGGCAAUGAAGAAAUCAGUUUGUUAAGUUGACAAACUUGGUGGUUAAAAUUUGGCAGCCAGAAAUCAGAAAGCAGCGUUUCAUUUGAAUGGCAGUCUUGAGACUGUAUGUUGAGGCUAGAGUUUUGGAAUUUGAACUUUAGAUAAAUACUGAGAUAUCAGUUUUGUGGGCAGCUUUGGAAACUGCUACUCGCCCGAUUUGACUGUCAAAUAGGCCAAAUUCCCCAAUAAUUGUUUUGUACCUGCAAUAACGGACUAGCAGGGGUUGGCAUUUGCAAAUACCGAUAAAAGACAUGUAAAAGCCGAGCGUAGUGGAGGAAAGGCAGAGAAAAGGCGUUCUUGUCACACGCCACCUUCCCGAUGGGGAUAGAUGGAGCAGAGGUCUAGAACAAGGGUCUAGAACAGUCUAUUGUCGCUGUCUUGAGCAGGUGUCCCAAUCUGGAAAUGACCGGCACAAGGCAUCGAGGGUGUUCGUGUUUGGAUUCGCGCGCAAAAGUCCAGCCAGCGCCGAAGCUCAAUACAGGCUUUGGACUUAGCGACCACCGCUGCGGUUGCAUGCGCAGGCUUCGCAAGCGUGCGACAAGCGCUUUUCCCGAACCAAGAGCAGUUGUGCGCUAUUUGUGCGCUGUCCGCUGUGUUUUGUGUGCAAUUUGUGUGCGUUUGCGGCUGUUUCCGGUGUUCGGGAUGGAUUGCUAGCGCUGUCUGGAAGUAAAUUAGGUUUCAAGACUAAAUUGCUUAUCAGAUUUGUUCUGACCAAGUUUGUGCAAAUCUCAAUGAUAAACCAUAUAAAAUAAGUCCAUUUUCCUUUGAAG